GCUCACGCGGGCUCCGGGCGCGCGGCUGUAGCUCAGUGACGGCGGGAGAAGUCGCGCUCGCGCCAAGGGACGUGUGUUUGCGCUCGCGUGGUCAUGGAGGCGCCGCUGCAGCCGCCAGCCGCAACGACUCCAGCCUGUGGCCGGAGCCGAAGGCUGCUGCUGCUGCCGCUGCUGCUCUUCUUGCUGCCAGCCGGAGCUCUGCGAGGCUGGGAGGCAGAAGAGAGGCCCCGAACCCGCGAAGAGGAAUGCCACUUCUACGCGGGUGGACAAGUGUACCCAGGGGAGGCGUCCCGGGUUUCGGUCGCCGACCACUCCCUGCACCUCAGCAAAGCCAAGAUUUCCAAGCCAGCACCUUAUUGGGAAGGAACAGCUGUGAUAAAUGGAGAAUUCAAGGAGCUCAAGUUGACCGAUUAUCGUGGGAAAUACUUGGUUUUUUUCUUCUACCCACUUGAUUUCACUUUCGUGUGUCCAACUGAAAUCAUUGCCUUUGGUGAUAGGAUUGAAGAAUUCAGAUCUAUAAACACUGAAGUGGUAGCAUGCUCUGUUGAUUCACAGUUUACCCACUUGGCCUGGAUUAAUACCCCUCGCAGACAAGGAGGACUUGGGCCAAUAAGGAUUCCACUUCUUUCAGAUCUGACCCAUCAAAUCUCGAAGGACUAUGGCGUAUAUCUGGAGGACUCAGGCCAUACCCUUAGGGGUCUCUUCAUUAUUGAUGACAAAGGAGUCCUAAGGCAGAUUACUCUGAAUGACCUUCCUGUCGGUAGGUCAGUGGAUGAGACACUGCGUUUGGUUCAAGCAUUCCAGUACACUGACAAACAUGGAGAAGUCUGUCCUGCUGGUUGGAAACCUGGUAGUGAAACAAUCAAACCUGAAGAUGUCAUGAAAGCCUGGUGGCCAAGAGAAGAGCUAUAAUUCCAGAUCCAGCUGGAAAACUGAAGUAUUUCGAUAAACUCAACUAAAAAAUACUUCCUCAGGUUUCAGUGCUUGAAAGUUCUCAAUAAAGUUCACCAUUUUAGUACCA